GAGUUGAUCCGCGGAGCUGCUGCGCGAGAGACAGGGAACUGCUUUCGAUUGUUAGCGGGCGCCGCCAUCUUGGUCAGUGAGCUUGCGAGUGGCUGUACGUCUCGAGGAGCGCGGUGCUUCGUGUGCGUAUUUCGGGCGGUCGUGCCGACCAGGUAUCUUUGGUGCGCGCGUUUUUUUCCCGACGAGCCUUCCUCGAUAUCAUCGUACCUGUGAAAUCCGCGUACAUCCGAGAUGUCGGAACGGGAGGACAACGUUUACAAGGCGAAACUGGCCGAGCAAGCGGAACGCUACGACGAGAUGGUUGAAGCAAUGAAGAAGGUGGCUUCGUUGGACGUGGAGCUUACUGUCGAGGAAAGGAACCUUCUCUCAGUGGCAUACAAAAAUGUCAUUGGAGCAAGGAGAGCCUCCUGGAGAAUAAUCUCAAGUAUCGAACAGAAAGAAGAGAACAAGGGAGCCGAGGGAAAACUAGAAAUGAUUCGUCAAUACCGAUCUCAAGUAGAAAAGGAGCUCAGGGAUAUUUGCGCCGACAUUCUUGGCGUUUUGGAUAAGCAUUUGAUACCGUGUGCCUCCACGGGAGAAUCCAAAGUCUUCUAUUAUAAAAUGAAGGGCGAUUACCAUCGUUAUUUGGCAGAAUUCGCUAUCGGUAAUGAUAGGAAGGAAGCGGCGGAGAACUCUCUAGUGGCAUACAAAGCGGCGAGCGAUAUCGCCAUGACGGAAUUGCCGCCGACCCAUCCCAUUCGUUUGGGAUUAGCGCUCAACUUUUCCGUGUUCUAUUAUGAGAUUCUUAAUAGUCCUGAUAGAGCGUGCCGUUUAGCAAAGGCGGCCUUCGACGACGCGAUCGCCGAAUUGGAUACAUUGUCCGAGGAAAGCUACAAAGAUUCCACCCUUAUAAUGCAGCUCCUCAGGGACAACCUCACUCUAUGGACAUCGGAUAUGCAAGGCGACGAAUCCGAGCCUGAUCAGCAAGGCGAUAGUGCUGUCGAUACCCACGAUGCCUGAACGUAAAUACACCCUUUUCCUAACAUCCCCGAAGCCCGUCUAUUCGGUGAAGCCGAACAAAAGGAGCAACUGCAAGAUGUGGAAGAUCAGGAUGUAUCGUAACUCUAGCUGUAGUGAGUGUUAUCUUACGCAUAUAAAACUGAGACACAAGAAAAAACUCUUAAUAACUCGUAAGCAAAAGAAAAAUAAACCAAUUCAGCAGAUGGCAGUUCGGGGUGGGAAGGGGAGAGAGAUCAUUAGAAAUUUGCGUGACCUUUAAAAGUACGCGCCGUUAUUUUAAAACAGAGCGGCAGCAGUGACAACAACAUAGCGAUAACAAAAUUAAUUAAUAAUCAUUUGAUUGCAUUAUUACGUACACAUAUAAUACAUGAUUGAAUUUCGGAGCACGCAGAAACAAAAGGACACGCACUCUGCGAUAAAUAGAGACUGCAAAGCAUUUAGAAAGGAGAGGCACUUUUUAAGUUGCCCCGUUUUUGCGUAUCGAGAGGAAAAGUUGUCGUAUAUUUGCAUUUUGCAUGCCAUCCGUUUAAAAUUGACGACGCCGACGACUUAGACGCCGUUUCUGUUAGUCUCAGGCUGUUCGGAUUACACCAAUUUCAUCUGGGAUUGAAUUUUGUCUCAGUGAGUGAAACGAAUUAUGUGUAUCGUACAUACUUUACAAUAGCGGAAAAAAAAGAAAGCACGAUCGUUGAUCUACCGAGACACAUUUGUGUGUUGAUCUGUCCUUACUCUGAUCUAAUCUCCGCCACACACACAACUCUUUUCCUUUCUCUCCUUUCCAAAUCUUCUCCUUUUUCCGUCCCGCUACUCUGAACCUUGCUUUUUUUUAUAGCGCGCACGAUUGUCUCGUGUAUACUACAAUUGCUACGAUGUUAACGUAUGCGUGUAAAUCGAUUUAUUUAGAGAUAAACAUACGCUCAUAUUUUUCUUUCUCUCUCUUUACGGAAAUAACGGCGGCGUCCUCACAUUGCCAAUUGUUAAGACGGACCUCGCUUUCGAGCUUGUAACUCUGUGUAAUAAGAUAUGUACUUCUGAUAAAAGAUCCGAGUGUAAUAUUAUAGAUGAGAUAGUUGAGAAAGAAAAACAUAAAAUUUAUGGAUUUUUGGCAUAGCCGAGCUGAGAAGACGAGAAUAUGCUUACUUCGGUUGCCCCUCCUCUUCCCUCCCCCACCCCUCCCCGUCUGUAUCUCGUCAAAUGCAAUAAUAUCGUUCGGCUGAUUGUGAGCUUUCGUAAAAAGAUCGUCGCGAAGGGCUUAAUAAUGUGAAUGAAAAAAAGCAAAAGUGUGUCGUCGAAAUUCUUUCCGAUUUCGUUGAUCUUUACGCAUCUUUCCGAAGCGAGCGUCUCAUCGCGUCAGCUCGACAGCGUGCAGCGUCGUUGAUUGAAAAAAAAAAAAAAAUGAAAGAGAAAAAGAAAGAAGGGAAAAAAAAAUGAAAAGAUUACGUUAGUGAGCCUUUUUAGCGUUAUUACGUUACUCACAGCAAACAAGCAACUAUCUAGCUAGUCUGUAAUGUGGUUGUACGUUUUCAUACGCCCGUUGUGUAAACUAAAUAUCGAUUGCUGUGGUAUAAGAACAGAAUAAAUGACUGUACCCCCGACUUUUUCCACCCGCGCACAUACACAUUCUUACGCUAUGCAUACAUAUGUAUAUAUAUAUAUGUAUGUGUAUAUAUAUGUACGUGUAUGUAUAUAUACAUGUGUAUGUAUAUAUAUACACACAAUAUCUAUGCAUAUGUAUGUAUAUAUACAUUAUACCUAUAUAUACACACACACCUAUACGUAUGAUGUAUAUAUGUAUCCACAUCUUUUCCAUCCGAAUAAUCGAUUCGUGUUUAUAUAAUUAUCCAUUCAUCGACGAGUCAUUCCAUCAACUUUUACGUUGAGACAUUCCAUUGUUCUUCUUGUACUAAGGAAUCAUAGGUUUACAGUGAAAAUACCCCUUUUCUUCAGAUCGACGAGGUAAGCUUAGCUAGUUACUGACCAUUUUACGCAUUAAAAUUUACCUACUUAUUAUAGAGCUAGAAUUACCAAAAUCCAUUUUUAAGCUCGCUCAGUUUUUUCGCUAAUAACGCGACGGGGAGGAGACGAUGAUACCGAAGGAGACGCCGAAUAAGCAGCGAGGAAAAGCGAGGCGGUCAAACAUCGAGAAAAGAAAUACAAUCCGGCGAGAGAAGAGCGGAUCGCGAGGGAUCCGCACGGAAGAAACAAAAAAUUGGUGUCCAUCGUGCCCCUGUAUUUAGCUAUUGUAACGAUAAAGACGAUAAUCAUGUUACACACACAAAUGAUACGUUAUGAAUACGAGGAAUAAUUCUCAAAGUAAUAUCAACCGGCUCUCGUAAAGUAAGUAAGUAUAUUUGCGAAUGUAAUAUUAUAAGAGCGUAAUAAGUAGGGUAAAAGAGAAAAAGAAAAAAAACCAAGAAAAACGAAGAAGUAACAAUCUUGACGCGAGAAAUCAUCCGAGCGACGGGGUAAGAUCAACUCGAGUAUAUGAUGAUCGAGGAGAUUAAAUCGCGCGAAAAAUUGUAUGCAAGGUAAACAGAGCUCUAAAUUAAGAACUGCGGAGCGAGGCGGAAGCCGUCGUAGGCUGUUGAAACAACACACGCGUAUAUACAUAUAUAUAAAUAUAUUUCAAUUACAUUAGCAUGUAUCUGUGCUGCGGGCAAAAAGUGUUUUAAGAAAUUUAGAUACGUAUAAAAAUGCGUCAGGUGGCAACGAAAUGGUGGUAGUAGCGAUCUCUGGAUGCCGAUGAAUUAUCCGAUCCGAUUAUUCGUUCAUAGAGUGUUUACAUUUUUUUUUUUUUAAAUCAAUUUUAUUGCACAUUCGUCGAAAGAGAUUCUUGUUCAAUCGGUUUAUUGUGUGUGAGCGUUUAAAAAUUAAUUUAAAAAAUGAUUCUUCAUAUAUACGUUUAAAUUUGAUUCAAUUUAAGAAAUUUAGAUUUAGAGGAAUUUAGAUUUUUUAUAAAAUUAAAUCUCGGUCGCACGUUCUUAGAACAUAAUCUAAGAUCGCGCUAUGAACGAAUAAUAGAGCAACGCGAUUCAUCAUUGUUCGGAAGAACUAAUUUUUGCGUUUCUGGAUCCGCAUGCGUUCUUACGCUCUGUAUUACAAUCGAUGCGAUUACACCGGAUACAAUCUUUUUUUCUGUAAAACCACACACGUGAAAGCUACAAAUAAAGUAAUUACGAAUCUA